UUUGGCCCUCACAAAAAUAUCUGUCCACAACGCCACGCCCCCCUUCUUCCCAUUGCCAUUCCCAUUUUCACACAAACCCCCAUUUAUUCCCUUCCCUUCCCUUCCCCCUUUCUUUCUUCUUCCGUACGUUAAUAUCUCUCUCUCUCCCUCUCUAACCCCUUCUUCCAUUUUCCUUCUUUAAACCUCUCUCUCUCUCUCUCUCUCUCUCUCUCUCUCUCUCUCUCUGUGUGUGUUCAAUGGCAGCCACAUAAUUUUCAUUCCCUCUUCUCCUUCACCAACUUCACUUAUGGGUGGCGGUUCCGUUGGAGCUUUGGUUCCUACUGUCAAAACUGAGCCUUCUACUCUCGACUCCACUCCUUCUUCUUCUCCUCCUCCUCCUCCUCCUCCUUUGCCUCCUUCUCCUCCUCCCCCGCCUCCCUCCGACCUAAUGCCUCAAUUCCUACCGGAGGAUGCCAAUGCUGCUGCUGCUACUCCCACUCCUACUGCCGCCGCCUCUCAUUCUGAUACCGAUGAUUUGGAUAAGGAUAUGCUUUGCCCUAUUUGCAUGCAGAUCAUUAAGGAUGCCUUUCUCACUACUUGUGGACAUAGCUUUUGUUAUAUGUGUAUUGUUACUCAUCUUCGGAAUAAGAGUGAUUGCCCUUGUUGCGCUCAUUUUCUCCGGAGUACCAGCAUUUUCCCCAAUAUUUUGCUUGAUAAGUUGUUAAAGAAAACUUCUGCUCGUCAGAUAAAGAAGACUACAUCCCCAUUUGGAUAUCUUCAACAGGCAUUACAAAAGGGAUGUGACAUGACAAUAAAGGAUCUGGAAGAACUUUUAACUCUCCUCGCCGAGAAGAAAAGAAAAAUGGAGCAAGAAGAAGCAGAGACAAAUAUGCAAAUUUUACUUGGCUUCUUGUAUUGCUUGAGAAAGCAAAAGCUCGAGGAGCUUAAUGAGAUACAAGCUGAUCUUCACUACAUUAAGGAAGAUAUAAGCUCUGUGGAGAAGCAGAGAUUGGAACUACAUAGGUCUAAAGAAAGGUAUUCAGGAAAAAUGAAAAUGCUGGCCGAUGACACUGUAUCCACAAAAUCACGGUCUUCAUUAAUCGACAAGCAUGGAAAUGGAAUUAAUAGUGGCGUCCAACGGUCACAAGGCUGGAUGAGUUCUGGGAAUUCCCCCAACCCUAGAGCAGAUGCGAAGAUACAAUUAAGCUCCCAGGGACCACUUAGAAAAGAUGCUUAUUGUAGUUCAGAUUUGCAUUCUAUUGCACAAUCUGGACUAACUGUAGCAAAUAAAAGGCGGGUUCAUACACAGUUUAAUGAAUUGCAAGAUUGCUAUCUGCAAAAACGACGAAAUUGGAGGAAACAAUUGUAUAAACAAGAAGAUAGGGACAUAAAGUUUAGUGGCGGAGAAAGUUAUAAUCCAGCUCUUGAAGAUUUUCAAUCUGUGCUAACUUCUUUUAUGCGAUACAGCCGAUUGAGGGUCAUUGCGGAACUUCGACAUGGCGAUCUUUUUCAUUCAGCAAAUAUUGUAUCAAGUAUAGAGUUUGAUCGUGAUGACGAAUUCUUUGCUACAGCUGGUGUCUCACGUUGUAUCAAGGUUUUUGAGUUUAGCUCGGUAGUAAAUGAACCAGCAGAUGUUCACUUUCCAGUUGUGGAGAUGUCUACUCGGUCAAAACUUAGCUGCUUGAGCUGGAACAAGUACACAAAAAGUCAUAUUGCUAGUAGUGAUUAUGAGGGAAUAGUAACUGUCUGGGAUGUUAACACUCGUCAGAGUGUUAUGGAGUACGAAGAACAUGAAAAACGAGCUUGGAGUGUUGAUUUUUCACGUUCUGAACCUUCCAUGCUUGUAUCAGGCAGUGAUGACUGUAAGGUCAAAAUUUGGUGCACAAGACAGGAAGCUAGUGUGUUUAACAUUGACAUGAAGGCAAAUGUUUGCUCGGUCAAGUACAACCCAGGAUCUAGCUUAUACGUGGCUGUGGGUUCCGCUGAUCAUAAUAUCCACUACUACGACUUGAGAAAUAUCAGCCAACCGCUGCAUGUUUUUAAUGGCCAUAAGAAGGCUGUUUCUUAUGUGAAAUUCUUGUCGAACAACGAACUUGCUUCUGCAUCAACUGACAGCACUUUGCGGUUGUGGGAUGUAAAGGAAAAUCUGCCUCUGUGUGUGUAUAGAGGACACACAAACGAGAAGAAUUUUGUGGGUCUAACAGUUAACAGUGAAUACAUAGCAUGCGGCAGUGAAACUAAUGAAGUUUUCAUUUACCACAAGGCUAUAUCAAAACCAAUGGCUUGGCAUAGGUUUAGUUCAGAUUUGGAAGAUAAUGAUGAAGAUGCAGGUUCAUAUUUCAUAAGUGCUGUUUGUUGGAAGAGUGAUAGCCCAACAAUUUUAACAGCAAACAGCCAAGGAACAAUCAAAGUGCUGGUACUUGCACCCUAAAUCCCAAUAAGCUUGAGAGACAGAGAAAAGACAAGGAAAGUAUAAUAAGGUAACAAAAUUCCUCACCCUCAGUCUGUGUAUAUGGUGAUAUUGAUAUUACUUCCAUGUAUAUCACCUUGUAAAUUUGGUUUUCAUUCAACUUCUGUGGAAAGGGUGGAUUAUGCAAUGGACUCCAUCUCCUCACUUAGAUAUAUUCUUCUCUUUUUUUGGGUUAGGGUUAGUGGGAAUAUUGGUAGAAAUAUGUGAUUAUUUGCAAGCUAAGUUUAGAAUGAAUAUUUGUUGGAGAGUUGAAAAGAGUUCAAUACAUAGUUUGAAAUACUGCAAAUGUUUGUAUAUUAUAACAUUGAACUUUGAUGGGGAGAGACAAAUGUAGACAUUCAUAAAUACUUAGAAGUUAUGUAAAGGAAAUGAAAUGAAAUUUAAACUUGAUUAUUGUCAUUCAAAA